AUGGACCAGUCCCUUCUCGGCGGUGACGUGGUGGCGUCCUCUACAGCGGCUGCCGGAGCUCCCAUGGCUCCUACACGGCCACCCGGCGGCGCCCCCGGGCCUUCGUCCACGUCCUCCGGUGCCCUCGCGGCGUGCCGGCUCGAGGACCGGGUAGCCUCCGCUCUUCUGGAGGGGACCCUUCUCCGUCGGUCCCUGGUCGCGCGCGGUGUCCCGGAACCCGCCUUGACCACCGCUCGGAGAGCCGGCCCGCGUCCUCAGCCGCCCGCAGGAGGUUUCUCCGGGAGGCAGUCCGACGGAACUCCGCCGGGCCCGCUUCAGCUGCCCCGGACCGAAAUGGCAGACCAGCCCCGCAGCCGCUGGCAUCCACCGCACCACUGA